CCAGACCUGCCACGAUGGCCCACCGAUUUCCAGCCCUCACCUCAGAACAGAAGAAGGAGCUCUCAGAAAUUGCCCAGCGCAUUGUUGCCAAUGGCAAGGGGAUCCUGGCUGCAGAUGAGUCUGUAGGCACCAUGGGAAACCGCCUGCAGAGGAUCAAGGUGGAGAACACAGAAGAGAACCGCCGGCAGUUCCGAGAAAUCCUCUUCACUGUGGACAACUCCAUCAACCAGAGCAUCGGGGGUGUGAUCCUUUUCCAUGAGACCCUCUACCAGAAGGACAGCGAGGGAAAGCUGUUCAGAAACAUCCUCAAGGAAAAGGGGAUCGUGGUGGGAAUCAAGUUAGACCAAGGAGGUGCUCCCCUUGCAGGAACAAACAAAGAAACCACCAUUCAAGGGCUUGAUGGCCUUUCUGAACGCUGUGCUCAGUAUAAGAAAGAUGGUGCUGACUUUGGGAAGUGGCGUGCUGUGCUGAGGAUUGACAACCAGUGUCCAUCCAACCUUGCCAUCCAGGAAAAUGCCAACGCCCUGGCCCGCUACGCCAGCAUCUGUCAGCAGAAUGGGCUGGUACCCAUUGUUGAACCAGAGGUAAUUCCUGAUGGAGACCAUGACUUGGAACACUGUCAGUACGUUACUGAGAAGGUCUUGGCUGCUGUCUACAAGGCUCUGAACGACCAUCAUGUUUACCUGGAGGGCACCUUGCUGAAGCCCAACAUGGUGACUGCUGGACAUGCCUGCACCAAGAAGUAUACUCCAGAGCAAGUGGCUAUGGCCACUGUCACAGCUCUCCACCGGACUGUUCCUGCUGCAGUUCCUGGCAUCUGCUUUUUGUCUGGAGGCAUGAGUGAAGAGGAUGCGACUCUCAACCUCAAUGCGAUCAACCUUUGCCCUCUUCCAAAGCCCUGGAAACUAAGUUUCUCUUAUGGACGAGCCCUGCAGGCCAGUGCCCUGGCUGCCUGGAGUGGCAAGGCUGCAAACAAGAAGGCCACCCAGGAGGCAUUUAUGAAGCGGGCCCUGGCUAACAGCCAGGCAGCCAAAGGCCAGUAUGUUCACACAGGCGCCUCCAGUGCUGCUUCUACCCAGUCGCUCUUCACAGCCUGCUACACCUACUAGAACCCGAGGCCUGCCGGCCUGGCUCUCACUCUUCCAGGGGUCUGGGAAGGAGGGCUGAAAGGGAACAACUUUUGACCAACCCUGGAAAUCAGGAAAAAUUAGAUUGAAACUGCUGGAAACACAAUGCAUGUUAAAUUCUUGGACACAAGAAAAAAAAUCAGUUAUUGAAACAUAAGUCUGAAUAUUAAGGAUCUAACGAAAUUUCACCCAACAGUUUCCUUGCCACACUUCCAGCUCCCCAUGCCCCUGAGUAUCCACCUAAGACAAGAAUAGACUUGAAGACAAAAUCAACUCUCCAGCCAAAUAACGACCACCGAGUGAAACCCCUCAGAAGCUGAAUGCAGAGAAGUGCGUCUCAUUGAACAAUCUCAACAGUGGUAGGUUGUGAAGGAGACAGCUGCAACCAAAAAGGAAAUAAAAUAUUCUAUAAACCUUCA